AUGUUGAAAACAGAAUCCGUCACCAAUAUCUUGCCCGUACAAAUGGAACCAUCUACAGCUCCCGCCGCUCCCGCCGCCCCCGCCGACCCCAAUCCCCGAUACAGCAACCAUAUUAUCUUGACCACGUACCCAGGCCAGAGCGGCAUUGAGCCCGUCCCUCUAGAGUGGGGCGCUCCCGACGCCAAAUCCCGGGGUCCGGUAGUUGUAUCCCGCAGUGGAAACCUCGUCAAGCGCCGCAAUGCCAUCGGCGCCCACGGUGGCAGUUACAGCGUAUACAAUGCUCUUGCCAUUGCCGCUGGUGACUUGGAUGCGGAUUUCCGACCGGACUUCCCCGACUUUCAAUUUCCCCCGCAGCCUGCCUGGGCGGAUAAGAAAAAGAUCGUCUCAAUGGAUCCUUACGGCCAUGACAUUGUCAACCAGUUCAAGGAAGAGCUGGAGGCUGGCUGGGAUAUCCGUCCAACGAUGGCGGUCACUCGGGCUAACAUGAAACUCGCGGAGAUUGCCGAUGACGUCAAGAAUGGCCUGCUCGAGGUGGACGGGUCUGUCCUGGUUGAUUCAUCCGGCGAGGUCCGUGUCACUAAAGUAGCAGCUGAGCCUGUCUGGUAUCUUCCCGGUGUGGCAGAGCGAUUUGGGGUUGAUGAAGGCACUCUUCGUCGGACUUUGUUCGAACAUACCGGUGGGAGCUACCCUGAGCUUAUCACUCGACCUGAUCUGAAAACAUUCCUGCCACCAAUCGGAGGCCUUACCGUGUACAUCUUCGGCCCACCAGAGCGGAUCGCGGACCCGAAUGUCAAACUGGCUCUGCGCGUCCACGAUGAAUGUAAUGGCAGUGAUGUCUUCCAGUCAGAUAUCUGUACCUGCCGACCAUACUUGGCGUUCGGUAUUCGCGAAGCAAUCCGAGAGGCACAGAAUGGUGGCAGUGGUGUAGUCAUCUACUUCCGUAAGGAAGGUCGAGCUCUUGGAGAAGUUAUUAAGUAUCUUGUGUACAAUGCGCGCAAGCGUGGAGGCGACACUGCGGAUAAGUACUUCACUCGGACAGAGAACAUUGCCGGUGUCCGCGACAUGCGAUUCCAAGCUCUUAUGCCCGACAUUUUGCACUGGCUCGGCAUCACGAAGAUCGACCGCAUGCUGUCAAUGUCUAACAUGAAGUACGACGCCAUCGUGAACUCUGGCAUCAAUAUUAUCGAGCGCAUCCCUAUCCCCGAUGAGAUGAUCCCUAGUGAUUCAAGGGUCGAGAUUGAUGCCAAGAUCCAAUCAGGAUACUUCACUACCGGCAAGCAGCUGACGGACGAAGAACUGACUCAAGUCCGUGGGCGUGGCUGGGAGAAAUGGGAAGAUAUCUCGAGUGCUCUGUCGCAAGAUCAUAAAGCAUGA